CUCUACAUAAAACUGAGUGGAUGUUAUGAAGCUGGAUCAAUUAUUAUGCUGAACUAAUUAGCUGUUAAUAGGAUAAUUAGCUCAUGUUACAGAAAUACUGAAUUUUUUAUAACCGGGGAUAAAAUUAAUACCAGUUUAUUUCUAGAAUGGAUUGUACGACUUGAGUUUACUUCUAGAAAAGGAUUUUACGACUUGAGUUUACUUAUAGAAAGCAUAAAACAACUUGAGUUUAUUUCUAGAAAGUAUCGAACAACUUGAGUUUACUUCUAGACAGCACGGAACUACUAGAGGUUACUGCUAGAAAGCAUUGAACAACUUGAGUUUACUUCUAGAAAGCAUUGAACAACCUCACAAUGGCUCAAAGAUCACCAUCCAGGAGUAUCAUUCCUAAACCAACAACCCCACGAACACCACCAGCCGUCUCGACACCAUCCCCUAGACCAAGUACUAACGUUAAAUCAAAGAUUGGAUCACUAGAUAAAGCACACCAUACACCUGGUGGUGGACAUGUUAAAAUCAUGGAUGGUAAGAAAACAGAUUAUAAGAAUGUAACAAGUAAAAUUGGAUCCAAGGAUAAGAUGGACCAUAAACCAGGAGGAGGAAAUGUUAAAAUAGAGAAUAAGAAAGUUGAAAUUACUAAAGUCAAGUCUAAAAUUGGUUCCAUGGAUAAUGCCAAGCAUAAGCCAACAGGUGGUGAAAAAAAGAUAGAAAGUAAGAAAUUGGAAUGGAAAGUCGAGUCCCGGAUAGGAUCCCUGGAUAAUGCUAAGCAUCGAGCUGGUGGAGGGGAGAAAAAGAUUGAAAGUAAAAAAUUAGAAUGGAAAACAGAAUCAAGAAUUGGAUCUUUGGACAAUGCCACGCAUAAAGCCGGAGGAGGAGCAAAAAAGAUAGAAACAUAUAAGUGUGAUUGGAAAACAGAAUCUAAAAUCGGUUCAUUAGAAAAUGCAAGUCAUUCACCGGGUGGUGGUGAUGUGAAGAUUCACUCCGAAAAAUUAGAAUUUAAAGAUAAAGCUCAAUCUAAAUGUGGGUCGAUGGACAACGCAAGUCAUAAGGCUGCUGGCGGAGAUAAAAAGAUUCACUCAGAAAAAUUAGAUUUUAAAGACAAAGCCCAAUCUAAAUGUGGCUCAAUGGAUAACGCAAGUCAUAAGGCUACUGGUGGAGAUAAAAAGAUUCAUACAGAAAAAUUAGAUUUUAAAGAUAAGGCCCAAUCGAAAUGUGGCUCGAUGGAUAACGCAAGUCAUAAGGCUACUGGUGGAGAUAAAAAGAUUCUUUCUGAAAAAUUAAAUUUCAAAGAGAAAGCACAGUCUAAAUGUGGGUCGCUGGAAAAUUCGAAUCAUACUCCGGGUGGAGGAGACAAGAAGAUUCACUCAGAAAAAUUAGAUUUUAAGGAUAAAGCACAAUCUAAAUGUGGUUCUAUGGACAAUGCAAGUCAUAAGGCUGCAGGAGGAGAUAAAAAGAUUCAUACAGAGAAAUUAGACUUUAAAGAUAAGGCCCAAUCGAAAUGUGGCUCGAUGGAUAACGCAAAUCAUAAGGCUGCUGGUGGAGAUAAAAAGAUUUUAAAUGAAAAAGUUCAAUGGAAAGGAGAAUCGAAAAUCGGUUCAUUGGAUAAUGCCAAACACUCACCUGGUGGUGGUAAUGUACAUAUCCACACUGAAAAAUUAGAUUUUAAAGAUAAAGCCCAAUCGAAAUGUGGUUCUUUGGAUAAUGCGAAUCACGUGGCUGGUGGAGGAGAUAAAAAGAUACUUGAUGAAAAGGUAGAUUUUGAUUCCAGUGCACAAUCUAAAUGUGGAUCUCUUGACAACGCUGAUCAUGUUCCUGGAGGAGGCCAACAAUAAACUGGCAUCUGUGGAAAGCUGAGUCGUCCCAAACAUUGUUGUAAAGUAUAUCUAGACAAAAGAACAAUUGCCAUGGAAACAAUUUCCAUAAACUAGAAGCUGAACCAAUCAGAAGAUCUGUUACAUUUUAUCUUAUUAUGUCUCUUAUUUAUUUAUUUAGAAACUAUUAACAGCAUUAUAUGACAUGAUAUAAUCAUAAUAAACCAAUCACAAUACUUUAAAUAGACACAAAUUGUUUAAUCAGAAUAAUUUAAUUCCAUAAGUCACACAAAUAAUGGUGUCACAAUGGUAGGCUACCAUAAUUUAGUCGUUUAUCAGAAUAAGUUAAUUACAUAAGUCACACAAAUAAUGGUGUCACAAUGGUAGGCUACCUUAAUUCAGUCGUUUAUCAGAAUAAUUUACUUCCAUAUUUAAUAGGUAAGUCACAAAUUGUACUUUAUAUAUAAAGGUGUCACACCGAUUACAGUACCUUCAUUUAUUUUGUACUUUACGAAUAAUGGUGUGACAAUGAUUACAGUACCUUAAUUUAUUUUGGAUGAUACAAAUUGUACCAACAAGUGUCACAAUGAUUAUGGUACUUCAUUUAUGCUUUACAAAUAUUGGUAAGCUAUAUUAAUUCAGUUUGGAUGUCACAAACUAUGCUUUACAAAUAUUGGUAAGCUACCAUUGGUGUCACAAUGAUUACAGUACCUUAAUUCCUUUAGGAUCUGACGAAAUUUAAAACUAACUGUGUCACUGUGAUUAUGGUAGACUACCUUACUUCAUUUAUAGAGUUACAAUAUGUCUCAAGAAAUGGUAAUGCAUAGAGUAUUAUUAUAUUAUGUCCCCCGCCUCCUUUUAGAUUCAGCGUUCUUUUUUUUAAUUAAUGUUAGUUCACCAUUGUUUAAAUACAGGGCUCUUGAUUCAGUCAUAUUUGUUGGUCUUGACUCACUGGCUGAAAAAAUCAGUUGAUGUCAUAAAAUUAGAAUUUCAAAGAAUUAAACCAAAAAAAAGCCCCAGUAAAAUUUAUAUUUUUUAUGUGGAAAAAUACUUAAAAAUAUAUUUAAAAACUGUGGUAUGUAAUGCUAAAAAUUGGCCUUUUCUUUGAAAAAAAAUAUCUGGUUAAUCUGAAAUAAUCAAAAAUGUUGAAUGGAAAGCCCUGCUGAAUGGAAAGCCCUGUUGAAUGGAAAACCCUGUUGAAAACACUUUAAGAAUCAUUUAUUUAAUUUAUUUGUCUCCCAAAGAGAAUCUCUCCACCGAUAUAUUAAAAAAAAAUUUGCAAGUGUUUUGUGAUAUUAAUAAAAGAAAAAAAAUGUCAAAGAAUAAAAUAUUUAUAUUAUGAUAUUAAUUAAUAUUUAUCAAUAAGUAAUAAAAAUGAUCAUUUUAAUUAAAUAAAUUAUUUUAUCACCAUCACAGUAGAAUUAGUGCAUAAUACGUAAUCUCAUAGCAUAACUUCUCUAAAUUCACUAUAAAAAGCAAGAAAUCCUAGUAUUUAAAGGAAAAAAAGGUAUGAACCUUCUUCGUAAAAACUUAAACUAGAAUAUUUUAAGAAUGAAUCCUUUUCAUUGGCUAAUAACUAUAACCUGUAUUCAGAUUUUGAUUCGCAGCCAAUGAAAAUCCUUAAGAUAUUUUAGCUUAAAUGUUUGUGAAUUUUUGAAUCGCAGCCAAUGAAAAUCCUUAAGAUAUUUUAGUUAAAGUGUUUGUGAAUAAGGUGCCUGUAAAAAUAGGUUUUAGAAAAAUCCCAACUUUAUGAUCCAAGAAUAGAAUUAUCUUCUCCGAUAAUACAUGACACACGUGCUAUAUAUAAUUGUCAUUAAAGAUGGCGCUUUUGAUAGGUCACAAUUACCCAAAUCACUAAAUAUCACAGAUCACGCUUUUAUUAGAUCAAUCAUAAAUGUUGAGUAACCAGUAUUCUAAUUUCGAUAUCCGCUACUUUUUUUGAAUAUUGUCAACAUUUUUGAGAAAUAUUUUUUAGAAUUUAGUAAAAUUUAACAAUUCAUCGAGAGAGAGAGAGAGUACCGAGACAGGUAGGUGAUGGCAUCCGGGAACCUAUUUUAAAAUAGGUCAUGUAAUUUUAAGACUCACCUGACUUUUUGAACGAACAGAUAGUUACCGCCCAAAUUGACACUGCACAGGGAUCUUCUUCCCAAGAACUUAAAAGCUGCCGUUUAAAAAAUAAUCAUGAUUUUUUUGAGACGAUUGUUUGAUCUUCCGGUCAAGGAAGACAUAGUUCGAUUUUGCAGUUUAAGUUAAAGGUGAUUUAAGUUUUUGCGGAAGAAGAUCCAAGUACACAUUAACAUCACGAAUCCACGAUGCGCUAUCUACUUUCAAUUUAUUAAUCAAAAUAUUUAUCCUUUUAUUCUAUUGGUCACUUCCCUCCCAAUAAUAGUCUAUGCAGUUUACAAGCAAUUUAGCUUUUGAUUAGAAAAAAAACAUGUACUUAACUUCUAUUAAACUUUUUAAAAUUAGACAUAGUUUCUCUUUAAGAUAAAUAAAAGUCAUUCAAAUUUACACUUUGUUUUUUAAAUCUUCUAUUUAAAAAAUCAUUAAGAUUUGAACUUUUUAUCUUUGCUGUUAUUAGAAACUUUAAAAAUGAUGAGUGAAAUGAUUCUUUAACAUUUGAAAAGACGGAUUGGUUAUUUGUGUAUUAUUCAUGGAAUAUCUCCUGAAUCUUCUUAUAACAUAGAUGUGGCAGUCAUAGAAAUUAGAUUCUGUUAAUAACUUAGUCAUCUAUCACUGAUCUGCUCCGACUGGGCUAAUGAAGAGGCUCAUAUGUUUGAUCAAAGGCCUAAAUUUUAUAGGCAAGGAUUUCUCUUAAUGAUAUCAAAUUCAACUACAAUAAGAUCUGGUUGAAACAAAACUAAAAUUCUAGGUAGCCCAGUCAUAAAAAAAAAGGUAGUUAAUUCCAAAUCUGUGUUAUGAGGAGGUCCAGGAAGUAUUAACUUUGAUCGUUUGAUCGGAAUAACUUGUUAUAAUUUUUUGUUAGAUUGAACAAUCAUUUUAUCUUUUCCAAUUUUUUUGCUUAAAUGCUGCAAAAUAUUUGAAUUUUAUUUGAUGAAAGAAACAAAUUGAGUUAGUAAUGUACAUAGGUUGAACUGUGAAAGGGAUGUACAUAUAUUAUUAAUGUAAGAAAUUGUAUGAAAAAUUUGAUUUUAAUAAUGAAUUUGUGAAAAUUUCAUUCGAUUUUUAAUGUUUUGCUUUCAUUGUUAAAUUUGUUAGUAAAUGUAGCUUUUGAUGUCAAAGUGCACUUAAAUGUUUUUAAGAAAUUUCAAUGGCCAUAACAUGCUUAUAAUACUAUUUUUAAUCGACGAAUUGUUUAUUAUGAAUUUUGGGUAUGAAUUGUAAUUUAAGCAAAAUAUUGUUUACUGAAAAGGAUAUUUUAUGCGAAGUUGACAAAUGUUUAAAGGAAAUUCGACUGUUAUACUAAUUAUAUGAGUUCGUUGUCAGUCGCUAGUAGCGGGGUUCUUAUUUCAGUCAUAUUGAUCCGUCAAGACUGACUGACAGUGAAAUUGACAGGCUUGUGAAAUUAACUACCUGUCAGUCACUUUAACCUUAAAACCCAGAAAACCCAGUAAAUACGGUUAAAUUUAUUGUUUUUAUGUGCAAAAGCACUUAAAAAUAUAUUGUUAAGAUCUUUGAAAUAAAAUACCUUGCUAAUCUGAUGUAGACAACAUAUGUCAAACUCAAACCAAAAAUAGACUGGCACGCUAAAUUUUGAAGCGCUCUGGCGACUAAGUGUCAUUUUUGUUUAAAUAUUAUUUUUGAAGUAAUAAAAUAUUUUGUUUUAUUUACAGUUUUAGACCCAACGUUAUUGUUAUUGUGCUAAAUUAUGUUAGUUGUCUCAAAAAGAAAAAAAAUAAUAAUGAGGCAUGCAUGCAGCAUAUUUUUUUUCUUUAUAUUUUGUUAUGGUAUUUAGAAUAAUGAGUCAGAGGUCCAUCCAGAAGGGGCUGGAGCCGUGCAAACCCCCAUUUUAUUCUGGCAAAUUAUUUUAGAUCUAUUAUAAUUUCAUAGUGCACACACUGGUUACAAUUUUUUUUGUUUUUUUCAAUCAAUGGAGAUUUUACUAAAUUAAGAUUAAAUUUCAGGAGAGAACGUUUAUCGAUGGGAUAUCCGGCCGGAUAAUAUUUUCUAGAACACUGACAAGUGAUGUUCAACUGUCAGUCAGAUAGGCUAGGAUCUUUACAGAGCAUUGUCAUUGAGAAGUAGUGGCAUAGUGGUUUAAAGGUUAAGGGGAGAUAACUGCAUCUUUAUAAGUAGAUAUUAUCCAAGAUUUAACCCUUAUCUUGGAGUCUUUGACUCUUGUUGGCUGUAUUAUAUUCCCACAAACAUGUUGCUUUGUUUUUUAUAGAAAGAUUCUUGUUUGUUUAGCAGAUUUAAUUUCAUCCUCAUUUCAAAAAUGCUGAUUUAUGCUAAUGAAGUUUAAAUGUGCUUAAACAGUAUAGGCUAGGCCUAAUAAAAUUAAAUGUGCUUUACUAUUUAACGGUAUUUAAACUGUCACUUCCCACUAGUGGAAAGUUUGAUAGAAAUAAAAACUUCCCCCCUCAAUGUUAAUAGCCGAGCCUGCAAGUUUUUGUAUGUAAAUUGAUUCACGCGAUGUCUUGUCCUGUAUGCAUUUUUUUUACCCAAGUCUGCAUAUUCUAAUCUUCGCAGGGUGUCUGGUGGACAUCAGAUUUUCGACAGGUACAAUAACGAGUAAAAUUCUACGAAACAAUAUUUGAUAUUGCUGAGAAUUUUGCAAUUGUCCUUGGAUAAAAUCUAUUAUACAUGUCCAUCAGAGAUCUCUGUGAUAGAUUGGGACAUCCAGGCUAUUUCUACCUGUCCUAUUUUAUGUAUAAAUUCUGCUAAUUACCUAUUUAUGUGAUAUUAUGGGAGAUGGGGAGAGUUUGGCGAGGAUAAUAAGGGGAUUGGCUAGUCUCCUUGCCUUUUGUCUUGUCAAGUUUCUUUAUUACUCAAUAAAUUUAGCUCAUCGCAUUCUUAA